GGCGGCCCCGGCAAGGAGGCGCUGGCAGUGGCCGGAGGGGGCGCGGCGGCCGGGCUGGCGUUGCUCAAGGGCGACGAGCAGAAGAAGCGGAGCAAGAAGCGACCGGCGGAGAAGGUGGCGCGGCCUAAUGGACGGUCUCUCCUUGAAGUGUCUGAGGAUGAAAUAAUUCAGACUGCUCGUAAAGAGAAUCUGAAGCAGCCACUGGAUGCAGAAAAGAAGAAUGAGAAGUCAAAGAAGAAAAAGAAAUCAAAGGGAGAUUCUAAAACAGUUCAGGACCUGUCGCGUGUAGAUGGAAAGGAAGUUGAUGAAGGAGCCUGGGAAACUAAAAUCAGUAACAGAGAGAAACGGCAGCAGCGUAAACGCGAUAAAGUAUUGACCGACACUGGUUCAGUAGAAUCAAAUGUCCCUGGGUUGGAUGCAGUUACCAUAUCCCCUGAACAGCUAAUACCUACACCAUCUCUUCCAGUUGGUCUCAGAAAAAAUAAAGGUGAUACACUUCUGAAUGUUCAAGUUAGCAGCUCUAAACCUGCGAGAGGAGAUUCAGCAAUUCAACAAGCUUCUUCAGGAUCGAGUGAAAGCCCUGCUGUAAAUGGAGGAAGCUGGAAUGAGAAGUCUGUAAAAAUCUCCCAGAUCAGUGCAGGUGAUGAGAAAUGGGCAUCUGUUUCAUCAGCUACAACUGGGAAGAGGAAGACUGAGACAUCUGCGUGGGGUCAGGAUUCUGGAGAUGCUAAUGGAAAUGGAAAGGAUUGGGGUGUGUCCCUAGUGGGCAGGACGUGGAGAGAGCGUCCUUUGUUCCACGGCAUUACUGCAUGGAAUGUGGAUGGAAGGAUCAAUACCUCUGAACAAAAUUCUGCUUCUUUCAGUUCCUUGGGACUAGCUCCUGCAGUUUCUGGAUCCAGCAGUGAACCAGUUUCUCAGCCUGGUACUUCUGACUUCCAGUGGGAUUUAAGCCACAGCCAGCCCCCUAUUGAUGAUGAAUGGUCCGGGUUAAAUGGACUGUCUUCUGCUGAUCCCAGCUCUGACUGGAAUGCACCAGCAGAAGAAUGGGGAAAUUGGGUAGAUGAAGAAAAGGCUGCUUCUGUUGCACAACCUGAAGAAUUAUCAUCUGAUGUUCAGAAGGCUUCAGAUGAUGAGAGAGAAAAAGCAGAGCCAACUCUUCAGAGUUCUACCAGUGGCAAAUCCAAGAAAAAGAAGAAGAAAAAGAAGAAGCAAGGUGAAGAAGCUUGUUCUCCUGCACAGGAUGCUGAAGAACUGGAUAGAGAAGCUGGAGAUGAAUUUCAGGAGGAUACCUCAAAAACUCAACCCCAACAGGAAAUAGCUUUUUCUUUGAAGACCAUGAGCACUAGUGAACCAGCUGAGCCUGGGGAGGCUCCCUCACUUGCUGUUUCUACUGAGCCAUCUGUAAUUGUAUCAGAGAGUGAUUCUGAGAAGAUCGCUACCCAAGUGCCACAGAUACUACAAGAGACAGAUGUUUCCAGUUCUAAUAUUAAGCAAAACAGUGUGCCUCCUCUACAGACCAAGUCUGAAGAAAGCUGGGAGUCCCCCAAACAAGUUAAAAAGAAGAAAAAAGCAAGAAGGGAAACGUGAAUUUCCUGAGAUGGACAUAUGUUGCUUGAAAUACUGUCAUGAAGAUUAUGCUGUUUAUGCAAUAAUUUGUGAACAUGUACAGAAUUUUAUAUAAAUUUCAACUGAUUUUUAAAACAACUGCUGUGAACACAACCAUCUUUAAAAAGGAAUCCAAGGAAAGUAACUUUGUGAUUAUAGAAAACAGCAGAACAUGCUACAUGCUGGAGAGAGACUUUGAAGAGUCUGUUUUUCCAACUUACGGUGAAAGAUGUUAACUUAAAAAAAACAAAACAAACUGGUUUUACAACACAGUGCCCUGUUUACAAUAGAUUAUGUCCUAUCUCAUCUGCAGUUGGGAAUAAAGGAUUGAUUUUAAGGAAGGGUUUUCUGUAAAAUAGUUGUCUGUAUAAUAGUGGAUGUUUCUUGCCCCUCUUUUGAGUGGUAUAUAGAAACACAGAAUGUCUACCAUUUGGAUCUGUUUCAUGCCUAAAUCAAAGUGCUUUGAUUAAAUACGUAAUCUGCCAUAUCUUUACAAUAUGUUGGUUAGCAAAGCAGCUAACCAUUAAAGGAAUCACAAGUGCAAAUAAAAUCAUUAAAAUCAUUUGUACAGUUAAACCUUUAUGGUUUAUUAUACAAAGUUAACAUAAUAAAAUGGCUUUUGGUUAAAAGUUUGAGAAUGCGAUUAAAGCUUGAGUGGUUCAUGAAGUUAUUUUUUAUAGUCUCUUACAUUACUUGAAUUGUUCAAAGUAACAGUAUAUUUUUAAGAAUGCGGCAAUGUGCAUAAAAUUAAUUUCACUGUUUUCUGCUUCAUCAUAUAGCUUUUUUUUAUUUGGUUGGUGGGUUCUGAUUUACAGCUAAAAGUCUUUUCCUGGUUGAUUUUUCUUUAAUACUUAAAAAUGAAUUAUAAAUGCAAAAUUUCCUUUUCCUUUAGCAUUUACUAACUUACCCUACCUGUUUCUCUUCCCUUUUUCUUGGUUAAAACAAAAAAUAGCAAGGUAAUCCGUUUUCAUUCACAAAUUAUGCACUGAUUCAAGCAUUUGGUGGCAAAAUUGAAAAACGGCUUUGGACUACUUUUAAUCAACAUCGUCAAGAUCACAGGUUAUCAGGAGUACACUUUUUUCUUUUCCUUUUUUUUUUACUGCCUUAACCUAUAGUUAGUUAUAGAAUGUGCAUCUAGACUUCUUGAAGGGGAUUAGUGUUUUUAUAAGAAAUUUCAUGCAGUUAUAGCAAUUAUAAAAUAAAGAACCUUUUCCCACUUUUAACUAUUGAUUUUUUUAAAACGGUGUUUUCAGAUGUCAUUAUUUUCAGGCACUGUGUAACUACAUGGUAUCAAAUUAGCAAGUAUAUUUGUAUCUAUAAAUGGUGCAUGUUCAGCCAUGUACACUGUAAAUGUGCUCUACAAAACUUGUAUGUUUGAUAAGGACCAUAAUUAACAUCACUUGAUGAAUUCUGUAAAAGAAAGGCCAUGGUUUAUUUGAUGUGAUUGGCUUUCAUUUUUGUGGCAGAGAAAUGAAAAGGUAACAAAUGGCACUGAUCAACCAUCCGGUAUUGUCUUCUGCUUGCAAAGCAGAAAUAAUAGUUAAAGAAACAAGCUGGUUUUUAUUGUACUAAAGACAUGCCUUAUUGAGAGCUUUCCUAAUAAAUGAAUAUUAACUUAUGCAGGUGCUAAUACCUGUAUCAGGAACAUGGCAGUUUGUUUACAUGUUCAGAAAUUUUGUUCAAUUCUAUUCUAAAUUUGUUAUGAAUGAUAAAUUGAGCAAUUUGAUAGUAUCAUUUUACUUACUGAGGAGAGAGUAAUACAAAAGCUUUGCCUAUCAGUUCCAUGUAAACUAACUUCAGAACUGAAAUAUUUUCAACAGGGAUUUCUAAGAUGUUUAACAUAGUCAUGUAAUGUGCAUUGCUGCUUGUAAAUUAGAUUUCCAUUUUGCUUACUUCUCCAUGUGACAGAAGCAGGUCUUUAAAUUCAUAUGUACAGUGAACUUCCAAAUUUUUAAUAGUAGUCCCACCCUGUACAUUUUUAUUAGAUGUGGCUUUCUGAAAAAGGACUUAAAGACCUUUACAAAAUAAUGUGUUGACUACAACUGUAUAAAAACUGAUUUAGGCAUUUGCCUUUGGAAGGGUAUUGACAGUUCAGGAUUGCCAGAAUAAGUCCUUGAAUCGUUCAAAAUAGCAAUUUAUAUGCAUUGUACUUGCAGCAAGCUGCUGCUUCUAACUUGCACAGCAGUCUGAACCUUUCCAGCCUUCCCUUUCAAAUAUCAUCCAUUUAGUUGUUCAUCUACUUGUGGUGUGUUGUUUUUUUUUUCAUUUGUGUAUGGAUUGAGUGUCUUGGAAAGUUAGACACUUAUUUUUAUUCAACAGAUGCUCCAGAGGAAACAGUAAUAAUGGAAAUUAUCCAUGAAUGGAAACUGAGUUAUCUAUUUAGAUUGUCAUUUUACUUUUACCCAAGGCAAGGAAUGGCUAAUUUUCAUAAUAAUAAAAAAUAAAACACAUUUCAUGCAUAGGUACCUUCAGCAGAAAGAGAAACCAAUACUGUUUAAAGAAACUAAGUCUCAUUCUCUUAGAUGCAUGAAAUAUUUUCAUAAUAUGUUUUUGUAAUUUUUCUGAAAUGGUUUAUACUGCACAACUGUAUGGAAAGUGUGGUUGUGAUGUGUAAUUAGAUAGUUACUGUAUGCUCUCAGGUUUUGUUUUUUUUCUGGGAAAGUGUACAGGAUUCAUGUGCUUGUUACAAAGCUAGGAAUCUGAGUUGACUUGAGACGAAUGAAAACUUUUGGAUAGCUCUUUUUAUAAACCUAAAGAAAAAGUACAAUAGAUAAACAUUACUUAAAUGUUUACUAAAGAAUGUAUACAUUAAAAACAAAUUUUCAAAA